UUUAUUUCCAUAUAAUCACUAACAAUCUAUCCUUGGAUCUUGGCAUGUCAACCAACCAUUCUCGCAGUCGCUCCACCACUGCAGAAGUGGUUUCUCACGAUGGAUUCAUUCUUCCCCAUUUGUCCCAUUCGAGGGAGGCAGUGCAGACAGGCCAAUCAAAGCAAUGGUGCUUGAAUCGUAAAUGGCUGACGGGCCAUUUUCUGGCCACUCACCAUGCCCUGAUGCGAGACUUCUGUUUUUUAGCAGACCUGCCAGGCCCGACCAGAACAUCACCCACCACGACGACUACGGACAGGUCCUUUGCCCUAAAUAGGGAAGGGUUCCUCGACAAGUCCGAGGCCCAGAUGGUGGUGUGCUCAACGUCGUCGUCCUCGUCGUCGUACAACUCAGAUCCCCUCGAGACAGAUGCCGAAAAGAAGCCCAUGGUGGCUGGUGAGAGAGACGGUCAAAUAUCAGAGAGAUGGGCCUCGAUGUUGCAGGCUGUUGUGCGCCUGUCUUGGACAUGGCGAUCCAGUCCAAAAGAGCUUCUGACAACGGCACUCUCACACCAACAGAGUGGGCGAGACAGACGAUGCCAACAGGUCUGCCCAUUUAAAACGCAUCUCCCCGCGUUUAAUGCCCAAAUAGGCCUGGUGCGAAAAAGAGGAUGAGAGGAUGGGCGAGCAACAAUGAGAGCCAAGCGGCAGUUUGUUACCGAGAACACCGACUACGUAUCUCGAGAUUUACAUUUUGGUCUGCACGUCGUAUGCAGCAGACUCUGAAAGACACUUGGAGCCAUUCGCAGUCGCCAAUGGCAUCCGGUGCCCCUGCCUCCCACUGCUUUCUCACUGGUCUCUCACGGGUCUUCCACUGACGUCCCCUGUAUCCCCUGGCCCAGUCCACCACGCUAGACUUGCUUGUACAGCAAAGUCCGACUCUCACAAGUGGACUGAAGAGAAUC